AUGAAGAUUAUUCUAGAUGAAAAAGCGGUGUAUAGCUUUCAAGGAUCUCGAUUGGCGGUAGCGGCACCUGCACUCGACUAUGAUCAGGGAAACAACACUUACACGGUGGACAAGGAGCAGCCUGAAGCUCCGAGUGGGCCAUGGCGCGCCGCCUCGACCUUUACCAUGGCUGCAGUCAGUUUGCUGUGCAAGGGGUUCUUGAGCGGCUUCAAUACGGUGGAGACGCAUGGGAUGGAUGAGUUCCUGCGACUGCUGGAUGAAAGGCAAGACGUAGCGGGGAGGUCGAGAGGACUGCUUACUGUUUCCAAUCACAUCUCUGUGAUGGACGAUCCCAUACUUUGGGGCAUACUUCCGCUCAGCUACAUGUUCAACCCAGACAACCAUCGAUGGGGCUUGGGCAGUUACGACCUGUGCUUUACGAAUAAAGCACUCUCCACUUUCUUUACUCUCGGACAGGUCCUUCCCACCCAUCGAUCGGCACACUCGCAAUUCGGCGGUCUCUUCCAACCCACCAUAACAGAGGCGAUCCGCCUGUUAUCUCGCGGCCCCUUCAUUCGUCCACACAGCGCCUCCGAGGACCCGUCGAGGUCACUUAAAAGCCCCGACCUCGCAGACCCCUUCAGCAACGGACACCUCACGUUCAGUACAAACGGCCAGGAUUCUUUUCCCUCGCCCUCUGCCUACUUGAGCCGGCGACAUGCGUGGGUACACAUUUUCCCAGAAGGCAUGAUACAUCAGUCGGAACACAGAAUUAUGCGCUACUUCAAAUGGGGCGUCUCGAGGUUGAUACUCGAGAGCGACCCACUGCCCGACAUUGUGCCUAUAUUUAUCGAGGGUUUUGACGAGAUCAUGCAUGAAACGCGAACCUUUCCCCGGUUCAUUCCCCGGCCAUUCAAGAACGUCAGAGUGACAUUUGGCGAGAAACUGAAUGCAGAGGAGGUGUUUGGAGACCUUCGUCGGCGGUGGCAGCAGAUGCGGGCCAAAGAAGAGGAGAAGGGUGCGGUUCUGCCAGUGGGCGUGCUCAACGACUCGCUAAAAUACUCGGAGGAGGCCGUCAGUUUACGCAAGGAAUGUACGCGGAGGAUGCGGCAGGCGGUACUGGACGUGAGGCGACAGCGCGGAUAUCCUGAAGACGACCCCAAGAACAGCCUGGCCGAGACAUGGCUGCGGGAAGGAAAGACGAGAGAAGGGCGCAAAGAGGAUGGCAGUAUCACGAAAGAGACAUGA